AUGGGUAGCUGUGGAAGUUCUCUCAACUGUGAAAAGUGCUACUCCAGCGAACCGAUGGAGGGUUGCGAUACCGAAAUUGACAUCAAUCCAGACAUCGCUGGCAUCGGCGUCCUUGUCUCCUUUCUUUUCUCAGCUAUCGGAUUCUUCGCUGUCGUCAUCUGGGCUUACUUCCAGGAAAGCCUGCCCCUUGACAUUUUGACACCUACUGACCACUACGUACUACGACUCCUUAAAAGGCGUCUUGGACCUUUCGACGAAUCCGACCUUUUGUUCGAGUCAACCGCGAAGCAGAAGAGAAGAACAAGGAUCGUCACCGGCCUUGCCGUCGUCUUGGGUGAUCAACAGCUUAUGACUGGUAUUGCAGUCUUGAUUGCGGGACUUGCCAGUCGCUGUCAUAUAUCCAUCUAUGAGUUUAACAUUGUCGUUUCCCUUGCUUAUUUAGCUGUCAUUACGCAUGCAGUCUCACUCAAAGUACUGCGAAGGUAUCUCUUUGACCACAAACUUGUGAGAAAUUGCCGAGUCGUCCUCACUAUUGGUUUCCUGGUCCUCUUCGGCUUUGCUUUCGUUGUAAAUACUAGUACAAAAGAAAACAGUUCAGUCGAACUUCAAAAGAGACUCAAUGUUGGAAAUAACCUACAAUGCAUCUUCGAAGCGCCGCAUAUAGGCAAGACGGUCAAAUUCGGAUGGUUUAAAUCAUUCACGCUCCUUUGGGCCCUGUUCUGGCACCAAUCUGAAGCUGUUAUACAUCUAUACCUCAUUUCCGCGAAAGACAACCUGUUCAAGGCUGGAUCCACCUGGUUUAUCCAUUACUUCUACCCAAAAGGCUUCUCAGAAAACGAGGUUUAUGAACAAGCUACCGCUUUAGAAGAAGAUCGGUACGAUGGGCGUGAAUCAUGGAAGCUACGGGUCAAAGUGUGGCUUACCUUGGAGUUUCUGUCUCUGAGGGAUUAUUAUGAUGCAUUCUUACAUCAAAUACCCAGAAUGUUGAUGGCGAUCGCUUACGGGAUUAGCCGUAUCAUCAAGGCUGUAUGGUUUGGUGGACUAAAGCCAACAAAAAGUUUUCAGAUCCUUGGAUUUGGACAGAUUGUCACCGUAGGACUGCUGGGUUUGACAUUGUUGGCGGCUGUCGAGAUGUCGGAUGAGCAACUCUCGCGACACGACCAUGAGCCCAGGAACAACACAGCAUCCAUCCGCGAGAUUAAUGGUCAGGAUAAUAACAAUGAAGAGACCAGUAGCGACGACACGCAUACAUCUGACGGACCCCAACCGGAACAAAUAGUAAUCGAGGACAACUCGUCCUCUACUCAUACUCAACCAGCCCACGAAAUAUCACACCCUGGAAUCGAACAAGUAGUCAAUCCAUUAGAGUCCAAUUUGGAGUCAGAUGCACCAAAAUUCAUCACCACGCCCAUUGACCAUGUCAAACCACGCAUAGCAAAACGAAUAGCCAAACACACAUCCAUAUACUGCCUAACUGAGAGCUGUCUGCUCGUCUUCAUAGGUAUUGGCGUGAACAUCCCGGAGAUGAGAAGAACGGCCGGAAAAACGUUCCUCGUCUACAUUAUCUAUAGCAACUUUUAUUACGUAAUGUACAAAAACGUCAAUAUCGUAUCUCUCUUCAUGAAUUUUAUAAAGACAAGGAGCGAGCGGCUGCGAAAAGACUCAUUGGUAUCUCCGCUGGUGGACAGUGGAACUGUUUCGCCAUCUUCCGGACAACCAGCUUCUUCUGCCAUAUCACUGGCAUCGAUUCAGCAACCUCCUCAGCAACCUGGGAGGCUCGGCAGACAUUUUCCAUCUAGUACAGUACAGGAACAGGCUCAGUUCAGUCCACCUGCUAGAGUGGAUACAGAAGCAGAUAUUGGACUCGCUCGGGUGACGAGGAGAGAAACGUUUACCUCCACCAGCUCGUGA